CCAUCAUCAUCAUCAUUAUCAUUAUCAUUAUCAUUAUCAUUAUUUUGGAAAAACAUAUUUUGCCUCCACAAGACGGGACGAACAACGUGUCGGGCUUGGACAAGAGAAUGCAUCUGUAUUGAAGUCUGAGUUAGAGCUUUCGUAACAAACCACCGGGUACCCCUCUAUCUUCUUCUUCUCCUCCCUAAGAUCUAAGACAUCUUGCGCUUCUCCUAAUUAAUCUUCGUCCCUUCCGCUCGUUCUUUUUUUACAAUGAACUAUUCAUACUUCAAUCCAGCGGCGCUACAACAGCCCUAUCAACUGUUCGCAACAAUCUCACCUCCGAAUGUGGACGAUAGGAAUACAAAUAAUGAUUCCGCCAUGUCACAGUCCUCGACACCCUUUGAGUAUACUACCUCCUUCCCGGGGAGCUCAUCCUACUUCUCGGGUCCCGGCGGCGCAGUCCUUCUCCCUCCCCAGCAACAACAUCAACAUUCCCCUUCCACCGCAAACUAUUCCCGACACAAUUCAAAUGAUAUGAGCAAUCCCAACGCGGACCAUCUGGGACAGUAUAUAUUUUCUGAGUUUCUUGAGGAUCCUUUGGCAGCCGCCCAGACGUCGACGCGGAGUAGUAGUGAAGAGAAGGAUGUCACCACCCCUGCACAGGAUAGACGAAAGGCUCAAAAUAGAGCUGCUCAACGAGCCUUCCGCGAACGCAAAGAACGCCGCGUCAAGGAACUAGAGCAGAAAUUGACCGAUCUCCAAGCCCAAUCCAUGACCCUACACGCCGACAACGAACGUCUCAAGCGAGAACUAGCAAAAGUCGCCACGGAAAAUGAGAUCCUCCGCGCCACGUCGUCGACCGGCGAGGCCAUAAACGACGAUACCAACAACCGCAGCAAUCACAACUCUCCAAUCGAUGACGACAGCAAUAAAGCAGCAUCGUCAUCGACAACAGCAAUAAUUAACGGACCCAAAGGUUGGGCAGCCCUCGACGUCCGUAAACAAUAUGCAGCAGAUUAUAAAACCGGCAAUUUACCGCAUCGAGUGGUCCUCAGUGCGGAGAACGGUGAGAGAUUACUCGACACAAAAGCGACGUGGGAUCUGAUACAGAACCAUCCAUUGUUUCAAAAGGGUCUGGUCGAUAUCGGCGAUGUCUGUGAACGAUUAAAACCCUUUACCAAGUGUGACGGGCAAGGGCCGGUGUUUGAAGAGGGGAGAGUUCGAAAGGUUAUCGAAGAGAGUGUGGCGUGUGGGAAUGACGAGUUGAUAUAAUAUAUGUUAUUUUUUCCCCCUCCUGUUUCGUUUUGCGCAUUUUAUGGAUAUUGCAGUCCUCCACUUUCUGGUGGGGAGAUAUUUGAUGAAAUAUUCUGGGUUUGCGUUUUAGCGUUGGCGUUUAUAUAUA